AUAAUCCCCUGUCAGACACCUAGCCAUUCUUGUACUUUGGGAGUGAGUGUAAGGCUUGUUUUUUUUUUUUUAUUCAAUAAGUUCUUGUCAGCGCACUCGAGUGUGCUGCUCAUUUUAUCCCCCCCCUGUCAGCACACUUUACCAUCCUUCAGGUCUAGCCUGAACGUUCAGCUAGAGCAGAGUGUACCUAGAGCCACCAGGUCACCUGCAUCUCACCUACCUAGUCAAAAGCAAAUUAUCUCUCUUUUUUUAUCUGUUUAAAUUCAGCAAGGUUAAGACCCCUUUACCCUCUUCUCACACUUUUUUGUUUUGUUCAUUUGGAUGGCUAGAUUAGAGACACACCCCUUCUGUCCACCCCUUCUUUUUGCCCUCUCUCACUCCAGUGCUGCUUUCAGUCUAUAAACACUGCUUCUUCCUGGUCAGGCCAGCCCCGCUCGCCCCCACACAAAGGAAGAAAGGCUGGGCUCUUCUGUGUCUUACACCAAACGGGGUCCUAAAACACAUGCUGCAGUUUGGCAUGCUUUUUUUCCCUGUAGACUCUUGGAGGGAUUUCGCUGGCUCGGUCUUGGAGUAAUAAAUGGACUGAUGAAGAUAGUGGUCUUUGCUAUGCAAAAAAUAAGAUGGCUUCUAACCCUAACCAUGCAUUUCGGGUCCUUUUCGUUAUGUGAAACAAUUGAUUCCCUUUAAAAGUCGAAAAGCCGUGGCACUUGAGCUGUCAUUUUGGAUUUGCUUCCCCAGCAUUACAAUGCUCAAUAAAUGCCGUCUUUGAGGCAGCGUGGCCAGUUUUGGUUUCAGUGGGUCUUUGGGGAGUUUGUUUUGAUAGAGAGUUCUCCUCCUGUUGGUUAGAAGCCCUCUUAUUUGGUGCCUCAGGGGGGCGGGGUGGGGAAGAGUACUAGGGGCCGGCGGUCCCCCACCAGCUCUGUCGCUCCUAACCCCCCGCGCGCUUGCUUAGGGCCUGUGGAGUGUGCGCGCGUCGAACUGUCUGCCUGACCCCUCAGUCAAGCCAACAGAUGCUUUGUAAGGGCACCAUAGUGCGAUCGAGUACAACCUCGAAUCAUAUCGGCCCUUGUCCCCCACAGUUCAAUUUACACCCCCCUAUUUUUACGGCUUAGAGGGUUCGGGAGGGUUUGUUUUUCUAACACUGUGUGUAAGCCCUGGGCUGUGCCAGGCAGACAGAUCGCUUUUUGCACUCCACUGCACGCGUCAGAGAUCAUGAUAGAGAGAGAAAAUUAUACUGGCGCAACACAAGCGAUGACCUCUUUAUUUCAGAGCUGUGGAGGCUUCUAGAUGAUUAUGAAGUCUUUAAACCCCAGACUUUUUCCCAUAUCCAUUGGCCAGGAGUCAAGAAGGCAGGACAGGAUAAAGCAAACAAGGUAUUAAACCAUGUAAACAAAGAAGAAAAGAAUCAUCUAUUACAUUUCUUCCCCCUUGUAUGUUAUGAUUAUUAAUAUUCCCAGAGCAAUGUGAUCAGUUCGUUUGGGUAAGAUCAAGCCAGUUGGCCUCCCUCCUGUACCUGUAUUUGAAAAUGUGACACGGUAAUGAAAAGUUUGAACCUGUGCGUAAAUCUCAUCUUAAAGCCUUUCUUCGCUCUCGACCCCUUGCGAACAUAUUCCUGUUUCUGAAAAUGUAAAAUCCUUUCAUUGCAUGGGUUUAAACUGAUGUUAGGUGAUUGUGUAAUUCUUUUCCUUUUUUUUUUUUUUUGGUUUGUUUCGUUUUACUUGUUUUGCUUUGUCAAUACAAGUUUUGAUGUCCAUAUGAAAUGUCUUGAUUGCAAACUUUUACUAACGCUCUUGUUUUCUUAUUUUGUCUCUUUUGGUUUUUCCACAACUGAUAUUGUUAUUUAGAAGGUUUCAGGUGGGUGACACUAUUCCUGCGUAGGUGCGGUCCGGUGGACAGGAACACUAGGGCAGCAUCAGUCUUCUCCUCUUCCAGCUGCGGCCGCCCCCCCAGACAAAGUCCAAAAAUAUGGCUUGUUACCUGAAGGCAAUUGAAACCCAGCCAAACUUUGCCGUGGCCUGGAGUAACCUGGGCUGUGUGUUCAAUGCCCAGGGGGAGAUCUGGCUGGCCAUACAUCAUUUUGAGAAGGCAGUGACCCUGGACCCAAACUUUUUGGACGCUUACAUCAACUUGGGCAAUGUUCUGAAAGAGGCUCGUAUUUUUGACAGAGCUGUUGCUGGCUAUCUGCGUGCCCUCAGCCUGAGCCCCAACCACGCUGUUGUUCAUGGAAACCUGGCGUGUGUGUAUUAUGAGCAGGGAUUGAUUGACCUGGCCAUUGAUACUUACCGUCGUGCCAUUGAGCUGCAGCCACACUUUCCUGAUGCAUACUGCAAUCUCGCUAAUGCACUGAAGGAGAAGGGCAAUGUUUCUGAAGCUGAAGAGUGUUACAACACUGCGCUGCGUCUGUGCCCGACUCAUGCCGACUCACUUAACAAUCUGGCCAACAUCAAGCGUGAGCAAGGCAACAUCGAGGAAGCUGUGCAGCUGUACAGGAAAGCUCUGGAGGUGUUCCCUGAAUUUGCUGCUGCCCAUUCAAACCUGGCCAGUGUCCUGCAGCAGCAGGGGAAACUUCAGGAAGCUCUCAUGCACUAUAAGGAGGCAAUCAGAAUCAGCCCCACAUUUGCUGAUGCUUACUCUAACAUGGGCAACACUCUGAAAGAGAUGCAGGAUGUUCAGGGGGCGCUGCAGUGCUACACUCGAGCCAUACAGAUCAACCCCGCUUUUGCAGAUGCUCACAGUAACUUGGCUUCAAUACACAAGGAUUCUGGGAACAUACCUGAAGCGAUUGCAUCGUACCGCACUGCCCUGAAGCUCAAGCCUGACUUCCCUGAUGCUUAUUGUAACCUGGCUCACUGUCUACAGAUUGUAUGUGACUGGACUGACUACGAUGAGCGCAUGAAGAAGCUAGUGAGCAUUGUGGCUGAUCAACUGGACAAGAACCGUCUGCCAUCUGUGCAUCCCCAUCACAGCAUGCUCUACCCUCUCUCUCACGGUUUUCGAAAGGCGAUUGCAGAGAGACAUGGCAACUUGUGUCUGGAUAAGAUCAAUGCUCUUCAUAAACCUGCCUAUGAGCAUCCAAAGGACUUGAAAACCAGUGGAGGCCGUUUGCGUGUGGGUUACGUUAGCUCUGAUUUUGGCAACCAUCCCACUUCCCACCUGAUGCAGUCCAUCCCUGGCAUGCACAACUCUGAGAAGUUCGAGGUGUUUUGCUAUGCUCUCAGCCCUGAUGACAGCACCAACUUCAGAGUUAAAGUCAUGGCAGAGGCUCAUCAUUUCAUUGACCUUUCACAGAUCCCCUGUAACGGAAAGGCAGCAGACAGGAUUCAUCAAGAUGGAGUCCACAUCCUGGUCAACAUGAAUGGUUAUACUAAAGGAGCACGCAAUGAGCUUUUUGCAUUGCGCCCUGCAGCCAUUCAGGCCAUGUGGCUUGGAUACCCAGGCACCAGUGGAGCUCCUUUCAUGGACUACAUUAUCACUGAUAAGGAGACGUCUCCUUUUGAAGUUGCAGAGCAGUACUCUGAGAAAAUGGCCUACAUGCCAAACACUUUCUUCAUUGGAGAUCAUGCCAAUAUGUUCCCUCACCUCAAGAAAAAAGCAGUGAUAGACUUCAAGUCAAAUGGCCAUAUAUUUGACAAUCGCAUCGUACUGAAUGGCAUCGAUCUGAAAGCCUUCCUGGAAAGCCUGCCAGAUAUCAAAAUUGUAAAGAUGGAAUGUGACGGACAAGAGUCCACUGACAGUAACGGGGCCCUCUCCAUGCCCGUCAUCCCUAUGAACACAGCCGCUGAGGCCAUCAUUAACAUGAUCAACCAGGGCCAGAUCCAGGUCACCAUCAAUGGCUUUACGGUCAGCAAUGGCCUGGCUACCACUCAGAUUAACAACAAAGCUGCAACAGGAGAAGAAGUUCCCAGAACAAUUGUGGUGACCACCCGUUCGCAAUAUGGCCUCCCUGAAGACUCCAUUGUCUAUUGUAACUUCAACCAGCUCUAUAAGAUUGACCCUCCCACGCUGCAGAUGUGGGCCAAUAUCCUGAAGCGUGUGCCCAACAGUGUGCUCUGGCUGCUGCGCUUCCCGGCUGUGGGUGAGCCUAAUAUCCAACAGUACGCUCAGAACCUGGGCCUGCCUGCCUCUCGCAUCAUCUUCUCCCCCGUGGCUCCCAAAGAGGAGCAUGUGAGACGCGGACAGCUGGCGGAUGUGUGCCUGGACACGCCUCUCUGUAACGGACACACCACAGGCAUGGAUGUGCUGUGGGCUGGGACCCCCAUGGUUACUAUGCCAGGAGAGACCCUGGCCUCGCGGGUCGCCGCCUCUCAGCUCACCUGUCUUGGCUGCCCUGAGCUCAUCGCCCAGAGCCGUCAGGAGUAUGAAGAUGUUGCUGUGAAGCUCGGCACUGACAUGGAGUUCCUGAAGAAGGUUCGCGCCCGCGUGUGGAAGCAGCGCAUCUGCAGCCCGCUCUUCAACACCAAGCAGUACACCUUGGACCUGGAGAGACUCUACCUGCAGAUGUGGGAGCAUUACGCCGCCGGAGGCAAACCUGAGCCCCUGGUCAAAAUGCAGGCUCUGGAGAGCAGCGAGAGCACCUAGGCUAAGCUUGUCCCUGCAUGUCCCCCGUCCCCCAGUAUGUGAUAGUCACAGAGACUCUAUGGAGCCCCCAGGUGAGCACCGUGACUAUGAUCCCAGCCGGCUUUUGUUUCCACGAGCCAGAUUGGACGGCAGGACGCACAAAGCUGCUCCACUGAGACUCCUCCCCCUUUCCCAUCGUCUAUAUUGAUGUCGGUCGGCUCCACUUUCGUUUUGUUUGUUUCUCUGCUUCUGAAGGACUUUUCUGUAACUGAAGUGGACUUCAUGAAAAAAGUGGGGUCUUAAAUGAGAUGGGUCAGUCUUACAAUAAUUGAGAAAAUAUAAACGUAAUAAUCAUCACAAAUAGGGGCUUUUUUUUUUAGUUAGGUUGUGCUUUACCUAUUUUAGCUUUCUGUCAUCAUGACCUCAGUCUGAGUGAUGGACGCAUACCUCGGAUCACCGAUUUUUGCCAACAUUUCUGUAUGCUAUCGAUAGAGAAAAUGUCCUCUUUUUUCAGAACAUGCAAUGUGAACGCGCUAAACCGACAGAAGGCCUGCAAACUGCUCAAGUACUGACUCCUGAUUUUUCUUUCUUUUUUUUUUAUGAUUUUACCAGGAAAGGUCUAGGUAAGUAUGUUCUAAGAUGUUUUGGUUUUGUACACUGUCUUCCUAUUAACUCGUUUUAUUUAUGCACUGUCAGUGUCAAUUCCGCAAGGCUCUUUACAUAAACUGAAAUAAAGAGAUGUGGCAAACCUUGAAAAGAGUUGCACGUACUUGGCUGCGGUUUUGUUUUUCUUUUUCAUUUCUUUUUCUAUUUUUUUUUUUUUAGGAGCUAACGCAUACUGGUUAUUGUGAUCUAUACUGCUGUUACGUUGUGCAGGGUGUCUUGUUGCUGACUGAACUGUGAUGUGCACCCACUGUAAAUUUAAUCGCUGUAUUCAGUUCAAUAAAGAAAUGCUAAAUCAA